UUACGAUACGCUCAAACACUGUCAAACUAAAACCGCAACAAAAUUUCCAGAGAACGAGAGUGAGGAGAGAGAGAGAGAGAGAGAGAGAGACGAGUGAUGAGGGAAGAAGUCAUAAGCUCCGGUGGUACUAACAACAAUGUCGAUCCAACACCGGCAGCCAGUUCUGCAGGAGCUUCAUCACCUGCAGUUCCUCCAAAUUUUGGCGGCGCUGAUGGGUCAGGUCAUGGCCCAGGGUCUAAAACAGGUUCACUAUCUGGCGUUGGUACACAACCUCUUUGGACUUCCUUGAGCACUAGUGCUGGUGGCUCGGCACUUGGAUCAUCACAGCCUUCAUGCAGGCCUUGGGAAAGAGGAGAUUUACUCAGGCGCCUUGCUACAUUUAAGCCAGGAAACUGGUUUGGGAAACCGAAGGCUGCUAGUUCAUUAGCUUGUGCUCGCAAAGGGUGGGUAAAUACUGGUAUAGAUAAGAUUGAAUGUGAGACAUGUGGUGCAAAAGCUGGCUGGGUGGCUUCUGAAGCUGAAGAGUUUUCAAAACAGCUAGAUUUAGGGCACAGGGGGACAUGCCCUUGGAGAGGAAAUAGCUGUCCAGAGAGCCUAGUGCAGUUUCCUCCUACUCCUCCAUCAGCUCUGAUUGGAGGAUACAAAGACCGGUGUGACGGGCUUUUGCAGUUUGCUGCACUACCAGUUGUUGCUGCGUCUGCGAUGGAACAGAUGCACAUUUCUCGUGGGCCACAAAUUGAUCGCUUUCUUGCCAACUCUGUCAACUUGUUAAUCGGCGAGCCAAGCAUGAAACCAGAAAAUAUUGCAGGAGUGGAAUCCUCUAGAGAAGAGGCAUUCUCUUUAUAUUCCCGUGCACAAAAGCUUAUAGCUUUGUGUGGAUGGGAACCUAGAUGGCUGCCAGAUAUCCAAGAUUGUGAAGAUCAUUCUGCUCAGUCUGCUAGAAACGGGUAUUCUGUAGGACCUUCUAUGAAAUGUGGUCAUCCUAAUGAUCCUGGUCCUAGCAAGAGAGCUUUUUCAAGUACAGCUAAAAAAGAUUCUUGCAAGAAUGAAGUAAUGGGUUCUGAAUCUAAAUGUGAGUCUAGGUCACCAUUGCUAGACUGCAGCUUAUGUGGUGCUACUGUGAGAAUCUGGGACUUCAUAACUGUUUCUCGCCCUGUUCGUGUAGCCCCCAAUGGCAUGGAGAUCCCAGAGACAAGUAAAAAAAUGGUUUUAACUCGUGGUGUGAGUGCAGCCAGUGGAAUCAGUGGAUGGGUUGGUACAGAUUGCAUGGAGAAAGAGCAGACUGAAUACCAUGAUGAAGCUGCUACAAUAGACGAGGGGAAGCUUGUAUCAAAUACAUGUGUGGAUCUAAAUCUAACAAUGGCUGGUGGCUUGUCAUCUGGACAUGUUCAUGUGCCUGAAGUGUCUCCACGAUAUUGUGAUGCUGACUUAGGGAAAGAUUUAAUGAUCGGACAACCUUCUAACAGUGAGGUUGGUGAUCGUGCUGCUUCGUAUGAAUCGCGAGGACCAAGUACCCGUAAGCGGAGCUUGGAAGAGGGUGGAAGCACAGUAGACAGACCAGUUUUAAGGCUGCAACAUGCAGAUAGUGUUGAGGGAACAGUUAUUGAUCGUGAUGUUGAUGAGGUUGAUGAUGGUAAACAGUAUCUAGCGGGGCCCUCAAAACGUGUUCGUGAAGCUGAUGUUUUCGAAAGAUGUGGGUCUUCAUUUCGGAGAGAUUCAUCUGGUGCAGGCCCUAGCAAUUCUCAAGGCGUUGAGAUUGAAGCAGAUGAGAGGAGAAUUGAUAUAUCACAUGGAAAUGAUCAAGUUCUUCGCUAUCCUGCUACAAGAGACUCAACACAUGCAUCUUCUGUCAUUGCAAUGGAUACUAUCUGUCACAGUGCAGAUGAUAACUCCAUGGAAAGUGUUGAAAACUACCCUGGAGAUGUUGAUGAUAUCAAUUUUCCUUCUGUAGCAAUGCCUAAAAAUGCUGAUGUUGCUGACACUUCUGAUCUGAACUAUAGUAAUCAGGCACAACAGAGUGUCUGUUUUCAACCAGCAACUGCCCGGACUGGUGGAGAAAUGGGUGUAAGUAGCACAAAUGAUGAGGAAGUACUUAACACAGAUACAGUAACUGCACCAGCUAGAGAUGGCCCUAGUAUAGGUAUUAGUGGUGGAAGUGUGGGAAUGGGUGCUAGUCAUGAAGCUGAGAUUCAUGGGACUGAUGUUUUUGCAAAUAGAUCUGACAGUGGUGUUGGUGAUGUGGAGCCUAUCGCUGAAGUUGUUGAAAAUCAGGGACAAACUGGUGAGUUUGCUCCGGAACGUGGAUCCAGAGAUGAUUUUGUUGAGGAGAUGGAUAGAGAAGAUCCUCAUGGAGAUAGUCAAGAUGUUGUGUCUCGCUCAAUGGGGAGAGCAGAUAGUGGCUCAAAAGUAGUUGGUUCAACGAAAGCAGAAUCUUUAGGAAGCGGCGAGAAGAACAGUGAGAUGCAAGUUUUAGCCCAAGAAGCUAGUGUUCAUCCUUCCCUAUCUUGCAAUGCUAUUGUGUACUCGGGCAUUGAAGCAUCUAAGGAAGAAGUAUCUCAAGGUGGCAAGCAAUCUCCUGCGGAUGAGGAUGUAUGUCCUGAGUCAGAUUAUAUGAUGGCUAAUGGGACAGGGCUUCCAAAUGGGGAUAGUAACUUUGGUGGUGUUGAAUUUGAUCCAAUCAAGCAUCAUAAUAGAUUUUGUCCGUGGGUGAACGGCAACGUUGCAGCAGCUGGUUGCAGCACUGGUGUCAGCUCCUCAGCUGGCGCUGUCGCUCUCUGUGGCUGGCAGCUUACCCUUGAUGCUCUGGACAAUUUUCAGUCCCAUGGGCAUAUUCCAGUACAGGCUGUGGAAUCAGAGUCUGCAGCAUCCCUUUACAAGGAUGAUCACUUAACUUCUAGCCAUAAACUUUUAGCACGCAAUUCCUUUAGCAAAAGCCGUGGGCAAAGCUAAACAUGAGUCGUGAGCACAGCAUGGUAUUUGCAGUUCAAAGCCUUAUAAGAAGGAUGACAACAAAAAAAACAUUUGCUGAUUUGCAACUAUAAAUCGUCAAUUGCUUUUGCCUGAAAAGUCUGUAAGUGGAAACUUGUGUUGGGAUUUGGAAUAAGAUCAAACUUACAAGGGGGGUCUUCUAGUCAAGAGACCACGAUAACAUAAAUAUUCUAGGCAAGGCUCUUGCCGUAGCGUACUUAGCUUUGUUUGACUGACAACAGAUUACACACUAGGGAGCAUGAUAUUUAAUUGCUCCCGGUUAAUGUUUUUUUUCAUUAUUUCUGUAUAUUCUUUUAUCAUACUACUAUAUACUUUUUUUACUGUGUUUGCUUUAAUCAUGAAUGAAGUUAGAGAUUUUUUUUUUC